CGCUGUUUCUGAGGCAACAUCACGCCAGCCUAUCCCAGGGCUGGUGGGGGGGCUUGUCGGAAUGCGGGCGUGAAAAGAAACCCGGCUCUCUUUUCGUGUCUCCGUCGCUCCGCCCACGCGCCCAGUGAGGAUUUUUUUCUCCGCUUUUUUUCGUUGCGUCCAUUUUCCCCCCCCCUGUGUUUAAGGAAUCUUGAAGAAUCACCCAACCUGGAGCGAAAGGAGAGGGCGAAGCAGAAGGGAGCGGAGGAGGAGAGCCGAAGCAGCGCGGGCCUGAGAGCGGGACUCGACGCGUUUUGAAUACGUUGAGGAUGCCAGGAGCCUUUUCUCGGAGGAUGACGGCGGCGAGGACGGGAAAGAUUUAGCAUGACUGCAAAAUAGAAUAACAUCCAAGCAAGUGGCCGUGAAGAUGUCCGCUCCUCUCGGGCCCCGAGGCGGGCCGGACGCGGUGCUGCCGGACAUGCCGGACCUGAGCCACCUCACCGAGGAGGAGAGGAGGAUCAUCCUGGACGUGAUGGACCGUCAGCGGCGAGAGGAGGAGAAGGAGCAGUCCAUGCUGAAGGUCAAAGAGGAUCCAAAACCUCAGUCAGCGCAGUGGUUCAAAGGUCCCUUUAGCGGGAUAUCGGAGCUGGUGAAUAAUGUUCUCCAGCCGCAGACAAAGUCCCAAAACGAGCCCCAAAAAGAAUCUCCGAAGGAGCCGGAACCGAAGUUGCACCAGCAGUUUGAGUCGUAUAAGGACCAGGUGAAGAAGAUGGCAGAUGAGUCCCAGACUGCCCCGGAGCAGAAGGGCGAUGCGCCCACCUGCGGAAUUUGCCACAAGACGAAGUUUGCCGAUGGCUGCGGCCACCUCUGUUCGUAUUGCCAAACCAAGUUCUGCGCCCGCUGCGGUGGACGGGUGUCACUCCGCUCCAACAAGGAGGACAAAGUGGUAAUGUGGGUAUGCAACUUGUGCCGAAAACAACAAGAAAUCCUCACCAAGUCCGGGGCCUGGUUCUACAGUGGGUCAGGGGCUGCGUUGCCCCCAGGUGCGAGUGACCUCCGGGGUGUCUCACGCAGACGCCACGAGGAAGCUCCUCAGGAGAAGAAAGCCAAACUGCAGGAGGCCCCACUCCUCUACCAGGGGCCCCCAGGGGACCGAAGCAGGGCGCCAGGCCUCUCCCGCCAGCACUCCCUCGACAACGGCUCGGGGCUGAAGCCCGGCGACAUUGCUGCUGACAGGAAAAGAAGCCCCUCAGCAUCCAGGGACCCAAACCAAAAGUACGACCAAAGGGAGGAGCGGGCCGAGCCCUCACAGUAUGCCCCGGGGGAGGCUGGUAUGCCACGAUCACCAUCCGACUACGGGGCCGGGGAGCGGCAGCGGCGUGGAGGCUACAGCCCCUAUGAGGAUGCGGAAUCGGCGCGAGGGGCAUACCGUGCUCGGCGAGGUGGAUGGCACUCCCAGGAGGAGUACCCACCUGAGCCAGGAUUCAUCCCUGAUGGCCCACUACUGAGCGAGCAUGAGCUGCAGAGACAGCGACAGGAGGAGUACCAGACCCGUUACCGCAGCGACCCCAACCUGGCCCGAUAUCCAGUCAAACCGCAGCCAUAUGAGGAGCAGAUGCGGAUGCAUGCUGAAAUGUCCCGCUUUCGACAUGAGCGUCGCCAUAGCGACGUCUCACUGGCCUAUACAGAGAUGGAUGAUCGCUUGGGGCCCCCUCUUAGGCCUCAUUACCCUCCUGGUCCUGGUCACCCUCACCACACCCACCGGACAUCCAACCACAGCCCGCCGGCGGGGGGUGGACCUGUUGGGGUGGAACCACCACCGUUGAGGCGAAGUCAGCAGCACCUGGAACCUGGCUCAGCUGUGCGCAAGAGCAAGCGGGAGAAGAUGGAGAGCAUGCUACGCAACGACUCACUCAGCUCUGACCAGUCUGAGUCUGUGCGCCCGCCGCCGCCCAAACCACAUAAAAGCAAACGCGGGGGAAAGAUGAGGCAGGUGUCCCUCAGCAGCUCUGAGGAGGAACUGGCCACAACACCAGAGUACACCAGCUGUGAGGAUGUGGAGAUCGAGAGCGAGUCAGUCAGCGAGAAAGGGGACAGUCAAAGGGCAAAAAGAAAAACUAUUGAGCAGGCACACAUCUUAUCAGAGGGCCAAAAGAAAAUGGUGCGCUUUUGGGGCCACUCUUUGGAAGAGGAUGCCGAGUGGUGUGAGCCGCAGGUUAAAGACUCGGGCGUUGACACAUGCAGUAGCACCACCCUAAACGAGGAGCAUAGCCAUAGUGAGAAGCACCCUGUCACGUGGCAGCCAUCCAAAGAUGGGGAUCGGCUGAUUGGCCGGAUUUUGCUCAACAAGCGCCUGAAGGACGGGAGCGUGCCACGGGACUCUGGAGCGCUCCUGGGUUUAAAGGUGGUUGGGGGGAAAAUGACAGAGUCUGGUAGACUUUGUGCAUUUAUCACGAAAGUAAGGAAAGGAAGUCUAGCAGACACGGUUGGACACCUCAGACCAGGUGAUCAGGUCUUGGAGUGGAAUGGGAGGAAUUUACAAGGAGCCACAUUUAAAGAAGUUUACAAUAUCAUUUUAGAAUCAAAGCCAGAGCCUCAGGUGGAACUAGUCGUCUCCCGACCUAUUGGAGAUAUCCCCAGGAUACCAGACAGUGCACACACACAGCUGGAAUCAAGUUCCAGCUCUUUUGAGUCACAGAAAAUGGAGCGGCCGUCCAUAUCCGUCACAUCCCCCAUGAGCCCUGGCAUGCUGCGAGACGCACCCCAGUACUUAUCCGGACAGCUCUCAAGCCAAAGCCUUAGUAGGAGAAUCGAGCCUUUUAACCCUAGGGUUCAGGUCAAACUCUGGUAUGAUAAAGUGGGCCAUCAGCUCAUUGUCACCAUCCUGACGGCCAAGGACCUGCCUUCGCGGGAAGAUGGCCGGCCGAGAAACCCCUAUGUCAAAAUCUACUUCCUCCCAGACAGAAGUCUGAAUUAUUGUUCCUCCAGCGACAAAAGCAAGAGGAGAACAAAAACAGUAAAGAAAUCAUUGGAGCCCAAAUGGAACCAGACUUUUAUGUACUCUCCUGUGCACCGGCGGGAGUUUCGGGAGCGCAUGCUUGAGAUCACGCUGUGGGACCAGGCGCGCGUCCGAGAGGAGGAGAGUGAGUUCCUGGGAGAGAUUCUGAUCGAACUGGAGACAGCACUGAUGGACGAUGAGCCUCACUGGUACAAGCUGCAGACACAUGAUGUCUCCUCAGUGCCCCUACCCAAGAGCUCCCCCUACCUGCAGAGAAGAACACUGCAUGGAGACAGCACCGCUCGCAGACUGCAGACGCAAGGCCCGAUUUCAUACAAUUCAGGAUCUCAUAGGAUUAGUGACAGUGAGAUCUCUGACUAUGACUGUGAGGACGGUGUUGGAGUCGUGUCAGAUUACAGACAAAAUGGACGGGACCUUCAGAGCUCCACUCUUUCUGUGCCAGAGCAGGUCUUGUCGUCCAAUCACUGCUCGCGGUCGGCGGAUAUAAACCGAAUGCGCUCACGGUCACCUAGCGUUCCCCCUCCUCAGAGUCAUUUUCUCACCCUACCUCGAACCAGACACAGUCAGCCUGUUGACCAUCAGCUGAAGGAGCUCAGCCGAGGCAGUUGUGUGUACCCCAUCAAUCGAGAAGAAGCGGUCAGGUUACUGCGCUCCACUAGGAUGGCCCGGGCCUAUUCUGAAGGAGCCUACAAUGACAUGGAGAGGAAUUACGGUGCACCGGACAGGCACGAAUUUCACCACAGGUCCCGUUCGGCUGACCAGCGGCCCGCUAUGGAACGUGCCAUGUACACCCGCUCCCGCUCCACGGAGCGACCCCCAGACGGCCACCACAUGAGAUCGUCCAUGCCCACCCUGCCAUCUGGACACUCUGCGCCACCCUCCCCCGCCUUAACGAGGGCGCACCCCCGCAGCGGAUCGGUCCAAACCAGUCCCACCAGCACACCCAUGAACAGCAGGAGAGGCCGGCAGCUACCACAGCUGCCUCCGAAGGGAACACUAGAAAGAAAAGACAGACAGGAAGAAGUCGAGCUGUAUCCAGAAGACACGGAGUCGCCUGCUCGGACAAACUCAGUAAAGAGAGAGCAAGCAAGCCCACAGAAUGAAGAUGAAGGUGCCAUGGAUGUGGAGGAAAGAGCACGGCAGAUGAAACUGAAGGUGGAAAAGUUUAAGCAGGGAGCUGCGUCCGACUCAAGGCUGGACCAAGACCACCAUUUAAAGCGGACAGGCAGGGACGGUCAGCGAGGGACAGAUAACCUCUCUGCCAAGUCAUCAGACAGCGACGUGAGCGACGUGUCCGCUGUGUCGAGAAGCAGCAGUGCCUCUCGCUUCAGCAGCGCGAGCUACAUGUCUGUCCAGUCCGAACGGCCACGGGGCAGCCGCAAGAUCAGCGACUUUACAUCCAAAAUGAAAAACAGGCAAAUGGGCGUGACGGGUGGCAGCAACAUGACCAAAAGCACCAGCAUCGGUGGAAAUAUAUGCAGCCUGGAGAAGACGGACGGCAGCCAGUCAGACACAGCCGUGGGCCUGGUGGGUGGCGACAACAAGAAGAGACGCUCCAGCAUUGGGGCCAAGAUGGCUGCAGUGGUGGGCAUGUCCCGCAAGAGCCGCAGCGCCUCACAGCUCAGCCAGACAGAGGCUGGAGGGAAGAAAUUGCGCAGCACGAUUCAAAGGAGCACAGAAACAGGCCUGGCUGUGGAGAUGAGAAACAGAAUGACCCGGCAGGCCAGUCGGGAGUCCACAGACGGAAGCAUGAACAGCUUUAGCUCCGAGGGAAACCUCAUCUUCCCUGGAGUGAGACUGUCUUCAGACAGCCAGUUUAGUGACUUCCUGGAUGGACUAGGCCCUGCCCAACUGGUGGGCAGACAGACUUUGGCUACACCUCCUAUGGGCGACAUUCAGAUCGGAAUGGUGGAGAAGAAAGGAGCCCUGGAAGUGGAAGUCAUUCGGGCCAGAGGCCUCGUGGGGAAACCAGGAUCCAAGGCACUGCCAGCCCCUUACGUGAAGGUCUACCUUUUGGAGAAUGGAGCCUGCAUAGCCAAAAAGAAAACAAAAGUAGCACGCAAAACCUUGGACCCUCUUUACCAGCAGCAACUGUCAUUUGAGGAGAGUCCAGGAGGGAAGGUCUUACAGAUCAUCGUGUGGGGAGACUAUGGGCGAAUGGACCAUAAAUCUUUUAUGGGAGCUGUUCAGAUUCUUUUAGACGAGCUGGACUUGUCCAACAUGGUGAUUGGCUGGUUCAAGCUCUUUCCUCCUUCCUCGUUGGUGGACCCGACGUUGGCCCCCUUGACUAGAAGAGCUUCCCAGUCGUCUCUGGACAGCGGGUCUGGACCAUUCGGUCGCUCGUAGCGGUGCGCUGAUCGGUAGCGUUGUUGUAGCAGCCAGUGGGCGGGAGUUUUCAGAUUUUGCGACAGGUCGCGCCCCUCCCCCCGGUAACACACUGCAUGCUUGGUGUUGUGUCUUCUGAGCCUGUUUAUUAGGGGAGAAAAUAAAAGCGGUCCUGUGUUUGCUCGCAAAAAACAAAAAAUUACGAUGAUAAUAAAUAAAACCUGAAACCUCGCACAUCGUCGUGCAUGAAGAGCGCCCCCACGAGACGGGGAACAGGCAGAUGAAGGAAGCUGGAGAUGGACUCCUGUUUCAUCAUAUUUGAAGCCAUUGGGAAUGGGUUUGAACUAGGAACCAGUCACUGAGUUCUACAGAAGCCCUGUUUUUUUUGUUUUGUUUUGUUUUGAAACACAAGAAGAAAAAAAAAUAUCGUUACGUUUUCUUUCUCUCUUCCAUUUUUGUUCAUUGUUUUAAAUGUUGAUGUAUUUGUAUGUAAAUGGGCUAACAGUGUUUCUUAUCAGAGCCUGGGUCAAGCCAUGCCAACAGAUCCAGAGAUACACACUGAGAGCUUGAAUUACAGUGAGACUGCGCAGAGUACGAGCCCUAAACAGUGGCCACAACCUUAAACCACCUGCACAGAUAUGCACACAUUGUAGUUGAUCACGAGACUGUUUGUAGACUUUUAAAAUGCAAUACAGAGAAGGCUGUCAGCAUCUGUAAAAGCGAAGAUCUGAAAUGCUCACAGGAAUUUUUCUUGAACGGAUUCUCUGUUGAUGUUGUAUGUAAUGGGGACUCUCUUUUUUGUUUUUUGGUUAUUAUUUAUUUGAUUUUAUUUUUGCAUGGACACAAAUUUAGCUGAAAAGAAAUAAUUAUUUUCUUGAGAUUGCAACUUGCAAAAAAAAAAAAACCUGAAAAUUACAAAUGAAAAGAUCAGCCAUUUUCAAAAAUUUCUAUUAUUUUUAAAGAGAAAUUUCAGUGCAUGGUUUUCAAGGGGAGUGAACGCAAUGGCGUGAUUUAAAAAAAAAAAAGAGAAACCCUGUUUUAUUAUCUUCGAGACCAUUCUGUUGGUCUGUACUGUAUUUUUACGGACAUACUGAUAAACUAAGAAACUUAAGAAACUUUAUGAUGAGUUUAUUUACAGAAGUCUGUUUAUGUGACAGAGGUGAAGAAAAAUAGAAAUUCCUGAUUUAUUUCGUUGUCAAGGCGGACGCCUUACAAAGAUAAUGUGCAAAUUGUACGGUUCUUUUUCUCCCCCCUUUGUCCCAGGGUAACUGUUGUACGUUUCAUUGCUGCUGUCGUCCCCCCCUCCCCCCCACCCUAAUAUUGUCCUGAUGUUUCUGCAGGGCUGUUGAGUUCGUACAGUCUUGUGUUCUGUUAGUUUGUACUUCAUUUGGAUUUGAUUGAUUUAACAAGCAUGUUGAAAAGGAACUUUUCUGCAACAUGGCUUGGGCACACCGUGCAGUAACACAGCAUGUUUUGAUAAAGAUGAUAUUUGGAAGAAAAAAAUAAAAUAGAAGAACUUUUUUUGCAGUUUAUUGUACAGUGCAUGUCGACUAUCUUGCUUUCGUCCCUAAGCCCUAAUUGACUUUUAAGAAGAUUUGGCUGGCCGUUAGCGGACCUCCGCAGAGCAAUUUCCAACCAAACAUUCCACCCGAUGACGUCAUACCUUGUUGACAGUUCUUUAAACCGAUUGAAAAGAAUGACGAGGGAAAUUUCAUAUCCUGAUGGAACUACUUCAGAAGAUUAUUUAUUCCCCCUGCCCAAGUAUUCUGGACGAAAGAUCCCAAAUUGGAUCCUGUAUCUCACAGACGAUUGCAGUAUUGUGCAGAGCAGUUUUACAGAACAGUCUGUUGGAACUCAGAUGAGUCGGGUUGCAUGACGGAAAUUUUGCCACACAAUAUGAGUUUCUAGAUUUUAGUUUUCUUGCGUAGUUUUGAGAAAGUAAAGUUCAUUUAAUAUAUUUUUGUUAGUUGAUUUACAAGCCAAGACCAAUUAAUUUUUUUAUUUUCUAUUUUUAGUAAUUAUCAAAGCUUCUCAUAUCUGGGAAGUAGAUGACUUCUAGUUAAAAUGUCUGAAUGGAACUAUAUGGAGACAUUAUUCCUCUUCCAUGUAAAUGGAAUUCUAUUUUGGUGUUCAUUCAAUAUCUUUUUUUUUUCUUUUCUGUAACAAGCUAUAGUUUCCCUCUGAUUUCAAUUGUACAUAUUAGGUGUCAGAAGUCAUGGGAUUUGGAUAAAAAAAAGAAAAAUAAUCAAAUCUAUAGAUAAGAUCUUGCGGAAUUGGGAUAAUGUCUCAUUUGAUGACAGAGACAUGUUAUAUACCCUUUUGAAUGCCUUCUCUUUUUUUUCUGGUGCAAUGUGUUCAUGCCAAGGCUAUGUCUUGGUCAAGUAUGGUUGAGUACAGAGAUUUAUGUAAGUUAUUUUUCAAAUUAAACAAUAAAAAAAUGGAUACUACACUGAA